AUGAGGGGUGACCAGGGAGGGUUGAGGGCUCCGAAGGGAGGUGGUGACGUCCUGGAUGCGGGGCAGGUGGAAGCGCUGCGGCUGGAGGAGCAGAUCAGGAGGGAGUUUGAGAAGCUGCACGAGUUCCUGCGGGGCGAGGAGAAGGCGCUGCUGGCCCGGCUGCAGGAGGAGGCGCGCCGCAAGCACGGCCUCAUCGAGGGCGAGGAUGACUACACCUUCCUCAUGACCCACAAGAACCGCAAGCGCAGGAUCGCCUGCACGGCUGAGGAGCCGGAGGCUGUGCCCUCGGGGAUGCUCCUCGACGUCGCCAAGUACCUGGGCUCGCUGCAGUACAACGUGUGGAAGAAGAUGCUGGACAUCAUCACCGUAGUCCCCUUCAGCUUCGACCCCAACUCCGCGGCAGGCUGGCUCUCGGUGUCCGAGGACCUCGCCAGCGUCACCAACGGGGGCUACAAGCUGCUGGUGGAGAACCCGGAGCGCUUCACCUCAGCCCCUUGCAUCCUGGGCUCCUGCGGCUUCUCCACCGGUUUCCACACUUGGGAGGUGGACCUGGGCACCAUCACGAACUGGCGGGAGGGCGAGACGUGCCGAGCAUCCAACACGGCGCGGUCGGAGGCGGCGCUGGGCGACCUGAGGCGCGUCCGGGUGGAGCUGGACUGCGACGAAGGGGAGCUCUCCUUCUACGACGCCGACCGCAAGACCCACCUCUACACCUUCCACGAGAAGUUCGGCGGCACCGUCUUCCCCUACUUCUACGUCGGGGGGACGCCGGUGGGCGCGCUGCCCGAGGCGCUCCGCAUCUGUCCCCUCCAGGUCCGCGUCCACGAGGAUGUCCCCGUCUAG